AUGUAUAUUUUGAUUUAUGUGGAUGACAUUGUAAUUACCUGCUCUAACUCAACUGCCAUUACUGAGUUGAUUUCAUUGCUUGGUGUGGAUUUUGGCAUUAAAGAUUUAGGGUCUUUGAAUUUCUUUCUCGGCAUUGAAGUUCUUCCUCAUGAAAAUGGUGUUCUUCUUUCUCAGAGGCGAUAUAUUCUAGAUUUAUUGAAGAAAACUGACACGCUUGAGGCUAAACUAGUCAAUACACCUAUGGCUACUUCCACUAGUUUAUCUGCCUUUGAUGGAACUUCUUAUGAAGACCCCACACUUUUUGUAGCACAGUUGGAGGGCUGCAAUACUUGGCUAUUACAUGGCCUGACAUUGCCUUUGUUGUUAAUAAACUCUCUAAGUUCAUGCACCGCCCAACUGUUACUCAUUGGUUCUCGCGAUGACAAAAGAUCAACUGGUGGUUAUUGCAUUUAUCUUGGCACUAAUCUAAUCUCUUGGAGCUGCAAGAAACAAGCUACUAUAGCUUGUUCAAGCACUGAAGCAGAAUAUAAAGCCUUGGCUAACAUUGCAGUAGAAAUAUCUUGGCUGACUUCUCUGCUUUUUGAACUAGGCUUUCCUGUUUCACCUCCACCUCUUUUAUGGUGA